GGUUAUUCCAUUCGGCAGCCUGGCCACAUACAAAACGUUUUUCGUAAUCAACUUUUUUCUCUCUACCUUAUCGAGAUAACUCUCCUUACUCUUCCUUCAUGGUCUGGUUUGACGAUCGUAAUGCAAUCUGAGAUCAUGGAAGAUUUAAAGUUUAAAUUCUUCGGCCUCGUUAAUAAACAGAAUACAACUAAAGUGCCAAUUAUGGGCUUGAAUCCUGAUUUGCUUAAUCCGCCUGAUUUGCAAAAAUGUGAAGAUCUUUGUUCCGAGGCUGAUCAGUCAACGGAGAGUGAAUCUGUACCCGAUCAAGAUAUAUUAGAGUCUAUCGAAGAUGUUUAUUUUAAUACUAAUGGCAGUUUUGAUUCAUCGCGCUACGAAUUAGAAAAAUUGCCAACAAUAUUACAUUCCAAGGAAAUUGAGAAAUGUUGUAAGAAACUCAAGCAACAACAUCAAGUUGUCUCCAAGAAAGUAUUACAGCUUAUUUUAGAUAAGCAGAGUGCUUGUAAAGCAGAAUUUGAUAAAAUUCUGCAACUGCAGGAACAAUUGAAAAAUGUCCUAGAAAUAUGUAGAAAGGGAAGAACAGAUCUGCAAUUAGCCAAAAUGCAAUUUACAACAGCAAGUUUAGGCAUAUUAGCUAAUUAUCAGAGACGACAAGUAGUCAAAGAACUAUUAAAUAAUCUGAACACUAUAAAAACGCUGCAACGCACAGGGGAUCGUCUACAGGAACUUCUAAAUGAAGGCAAUUUUCCUGGAGCCAUAUCUCUUCUUUUGGAAUGUCAAAGUGCUGCUCAGACAUACAAACAUUUCCACUGUAUCAAUGCAUUGAGUGGAAAGUUGCAAGAUAUCUUGGAGCAAGCAGAAAGGGCCUUAGACAGUACGCUCUUUGAAAUGUGUACUAAAUUCGAUGUCGCUGUAUAUUCCUCUAUCCAAGAAGCAUACACAUUAUUAGGAAAGACACAGUCUGCUAUAGAUCAAUUGCACAUGCAUUUUAGUGUUGUCAUUCAUAACACCGCGUUUGCUGUUGUUCACUCUUACGCGGGAGGCGACGUGAAAAGACAAUAUAAACAAUUGUGUCAGGAUGUGCCUCGCGACAAAUAUAUAAUUUGCCUCACAGAGUUGUGCAAAUCAUUAUGGACAAUACUAAGUUCAUAUUAUCUAGUUGUGAAUUGGCAUAAUGCGCAAGAAGAUAAACCAGAAUAUAAAUCUGACAUUAAGAAUUUAGAGGAAACUUUCAGCAAACAAUAUGUCAAGCAGAAAUUAGAGAAUAGUAUGGUUCGAGUAUGGCACGAUGUGGAAAUGAAAAUAUCUGUAUAUCUGACAAAUGCUGAUUUAACAGACAUCAAAUUUGAACAGUUUGUUCAGGUAUUGGGUAUAGUAAAUAGAUUGAUGGAGAUUGGGGAAGAACUCUGUUUCAAAUCGGAGAAUUUGCAGGAGUCUAUAAGAAAACAGUCCUUGUCUUACUUUUCUCAUUACCAUGCAUCUCGUUUGGAUGAAUUAAGAAUAUUUUUGGAAAAUGAUGGUUGGGAAUUGUGCCCUGUGAAAUCUAAUUUUAUGGCCACCCAAUUAUUGGAGUUUCGUAGUUUGAAACCUUCGCUCAAUAAUUGCAAAACGUGGAACAGUUUAGAUAGCUCGAAUUUAAGUGACAGUGACAAUUCCUCAGGAAUCGACUUGCAGAAAUAUUUGGAGGGUGGCUCGUCACCAUUCACGAUAGGAUUGGAUGAUACUAUGGAUGAAGAUAUUUUAGUAAAUGAUGAUGUUAAUCUACCUGCGUAUUUUUCGGAUGAGUCCGAUGAUGAUAUUCCGGAUGAGCUGAAGCAUGAAUACGUCGAUGAAUCGGAUCAUGUAAGAGUUAAUAAAAGGAAAUGCAAACUUAAACAGUCUGGACCAAUGGUCACAAACACGACAUUAAGCAUACUGAGAGUGUGCGGCAAGUAUCUACAGAUGUCGAGACUUUUACGAUCUAUCGCGGUCACUGUCAUACAAAGUAUGAUACAGUUUUUCGAGUUAUGCUUUUAUACAGUACAUUUAUUCUUCACAUCGGAUCUUCAAAUCAACAGUGAUUCUUUAUACAGUCCAAAAUUAAAAUUAUCCUUAACACGAAUCAGAGAGAGUUUGAUUAUUUCUGAGAACGAUGCAAUAGAAGAAAAUAGUAAUGGAAAUUGCGAUAAAGUAAGACAACCACAGCUUUCGUCCAUCGUGAAUUUGUCGCAGCCCGAGAAACUUCACGGAUUGACGGAACGUAUCGUAGCUGUCGAGUCUCUAAUAUUUUUAGGACAACAAUACGAAGGCCUGAGGCCGUAUUUGGAGCAUCUCAUUGUCAAUAGUCCUCAAAGAGGAUUUUUACAUCAGUUUUAUAUGCAAACAAUAGCAUCUACCACAGAUCUGAGAAAGCCAGUUUAUAUGGCGGUAGCAUCGCAAGCAUUUGAUGUUGCAAACAUCUUAAAUUUAAUGAACAAAGUCAAUUGGGAAGUAACGGAUGUCAUGUCUCAACAUAGUAAUUAUAUUGAUGCACUAAUCCAAGAAAUAUGUACCUUGAAUGAAAGACUCAACGUUAUCGGAACGUAUAUUCCUUUAAAUGUAGAUGUAUGUAAUGCGGUAUGGGAAAAUGUGGCUCACUUAAUCACACAUACCUUAGUGGAAGGGUUUUCCAAUGCUAAAAAGUGUUCAAAUGGCGGUAGAGCCCUAAUGCAACUUGAUUUCACGCAGCUAAAGUCAAAAUUUGAGAAAAUGACAUCAUUGCGACCUAUGCCGCACAGGGAGUACGUUGAAUUGUAUAUUAAAGCGUAUUACCUUCCUGAGAAUAGUUUCGAAGAAUGGAUUAAGGAACAUAAGGAAUAUUCAGUUAAACAUUUAGUCGGAUUAAUUUCGGCGACUUGUCAAAAUAAUAAAAAAACUCGACAGCGAUUGAUAGCGCUUGCGGAAGAGCAACGAUCCAGUAGAUAGCAUCCAACUAUUUAUUACAAAUCUGUCCAAGAUUAUAUCGAAAUAGGUAGUAUUUAAAAUAUUUAUCAAAUGGGAGAGAAACGAUAAUCGCUCGUUGUUAAUUGUACAGUAAAACGAAUUUUUUAAAUAUGUUAUGAAAAAUGGUCGGAUAUUCUCGUGUUUAAACUAUUGCAUCGAAUUAAGAUCUUUGAGUCGCGAUCACGAACCAAACACAAGCCAUAUUUUAAUAUAUUUAUGAAGUAUUAUGUAUAUAUGUGAAUCUCUCGCAGUUCUAAGAAAGACUUUUACAAUAUACUAAUGAUUAACUCUAAUGUAUAUAUGAUAAAUAUUUUAACACAUAUAUAUAUAUAGUAUUUUAGAGUCUAGAUAUAAUUAAGCCAUGUGAGAAUUAAUAUUAAAACAUGCGUGCAUGGUAAAACUUCAGCUUAUUUUUAAUAUAUUAAAUAUGUCUCGAAUACGAAAACACGCGAAGAUUAUACGAGAAUCUCAUAUGAAUCUAGUUUAUAAUUAAACUAGAAUAUUAACGUGCAAUCGCGUGACAACUAAGAACUUAAUAUUACUACUUGAUCUUACACUCAAAACGUUUUUACUUAUGAUCUGUAUGUUAUCAUUUUUAGAGAAAAGAUUUCAGUUUUUCUUAUGUGAAAGUAUUACAUCUCUCGAUAACAUUUUUUUAUAUUCAUCGAUUUUAAGAAUUCUCGAUUUUAUAUAGCUCGCAAUAUUUUUAUAAGAAGGCAGAGUACAUAUUAAAUGUAUAAUGUAACAUUUUCUUUUCUUUUUUACAUAUCUUGUAUAUAUCUUAUAUAUCUUAUAAAUUUCUUUUUAAUUAAUAAUAUAUAUUUUAUAUUCUCGAAGCUAAAGUGAAGAAUUUGAUGAAAUGUGAAGAUAAUGUGAUUGAUAUCUCAUUCUACUCACAAAUAAUCAUAUUGGCUGUUGAAUGUAAUAAAACCAUGACUUUCCACUAAAUAGGCUUUAAUAAUUAUUUAUUUGAUUGAUUCAAUCUCUCUUUUUAUGCAAACUUUGAGGAUACUAUAAAAUAUCAAAAAAACAAUAAAAUAUUUUUAGUAUCUUCUCUUUGUAUAUAUAUCUACGAAUUAUAUAUUAUCAUAAGUAACAAAUAUGUGUUCUUAAUGCAUAGUAUAUAUAUAUAUAUGUGUGUGUGUGUGUAUAUAUAUACACACCCAGAUAGAGCAAAAGUAAUCAUUUUGAUGUAAUUUGACAUCAAACUGACUACUUUCGCUACCUGUGUGUGUGUGUGUGUGUAUAUACACCAAAAAAUGCAUAUAAUUUAAAGCAAUUUUUAUUAUACAGAUGAAGUAUACAAGUACAUAUACUUUCUGGCUUCGUCGAUUCUCGAUUUCAUAAAAAUUGCUAUUAUAUUUAUAUUGCAUUUAUUAUAUAUUUCUUAUACAUACAUCAUAAACCAAAAAGUUUCUGGUGCACCAGCAAAUUCUCUUAUGUUAAUCAAAAUCAUCUUAAUGCCCCUGAUAUUCUCUGUGGAUACGAUCUGUUCUUUUUUAUGCAUAUAUAUCUUUAAAAGUAUGGAUAAUUUAAUGAAAAUUCCUAAAGAGAGUAUAUUAAUUGAAUUUUGUUUUAUAAGUGAUCAAUUUUAUAAUUGUACGUAUAUGUGUAUGUGUGUGUGUAAAUAGUUUUGUGAUAUAACAUUCAAGAGGCAAAAUGUAAUUAACAAUAUAAUGUAUACUGUACACACUAUAAACUUUAUUUAAAU